UUUUUUUUUUAUUUAAUAUAUUUCUCCUUCCUUGUUUUCUGUAAUUUUUUCCUUUCUCUAUUUUAUGUCUCCAAAUCCAUGGCCGGUCUUGAUUUAGGAACUGCUUCUCGCUACGUUCAUCACCACCCGCUUCCCGUGGACUUGCACCUCCAACGACCACAACACCAACACCAACAACAAAACGACAACUCCGUUGACCAACAACAACAGCAACAACAGCAAUACUCUUCCGACCAUCAAAACGACGACGUCGACGCGUCAAACCCGGCGGGGGACAUCGUGGGCCGGCGGCCCAGAGGCCGUCCCCCAGGGUCCAAGAACAAGCCCAAGCCGCCGGUGAUAAUCACCAGAGAGAGCGCCAACACCCUCCGGGCCCACAUCCUCGAGGUUGGCAGCGGCUGCGACGUUUUCGACGCCGUUGCCACCUACGCGCGCCGCCGCCAGCGUGGGAUCUGCAUCUUAAGCGGCAGCGGCACCGUCACCAACGUCACUCUCCGUCAGCCCGCCGGCGCCGGCGCCGUCGUCUCUCUCCACGGGAGAUUCGAAAUCCUGUCCCUCUCUGGGUCUUUCCUUCCCCCGCCGGCGCCUCCCGGGGCUACCAGCCUGACGGUGUUCCUCUCCGGCGGGCAGGGGCAGGUGGUGGGGGGAAGCGUUGUUGGGGAAUUGACCGCGGCGGGGCCCGUCAUCGUCAUCGCGGCGUCGUUCACGAAUGUGGCCUACGAGAGGCUGCCGUUGGAGGAGGAGGAUCAGGGGCAGGUGCCGAUGCAGGCGCAGGCGCCGGGUGGAGCGGGAAGCGGCGGAGGAGGUGGAGGUGGUGGUAGUGGAUUCGGCGACCCGUCGGCGGGGCUGCCGUUCUUCAAUUUGCCGCUGAAUAUGCAGAAUGUUCAGCUGCCGCCGUUCUGACCAUGAAUAUGAUUGAGGGUUUUGUGUAUUGGAGGCUGAUUUGCGUUUGAAGAUAUGAUGAUGAUGAUGAUGGGGUUUUUAUGGAAAAGGUCAGCAAAGUUUAUUAUAAACUUGAUCAUCAUGUGUAGUAGUAGUAGUAUAUUGUUUACUGUCAUAUCCUCUUCAUACGGCCAUGUUAAUUUCUUCCUAACUUCUUCAUAUUUUCGGCUACUCUGUUGAUCUUGUUGUAGUUUCUUGAUCUUCUUUUUUUUC